CCAAUGCAUUGUCGUGCCGAUGAAUAUUCAGCGGCGGCGGCGGCGUGCGAAUCAUCUCCGAGGGUUCGUCGUUUGGUUCGCGUGCGCGAUGAGCUCGCUCGGGUCGACCGGAUGCUCGCGUGGAACGACGCCGGUCAAAGUGACUCCUCGGCCGGGCUGUGUCACGGGCGCGCGCCGCUCGAAGCGCGUGCGCGUGUCGUAUCGACCACAGAUGAUCGGAAAGUGAACUUUUUUUUUUUUUUACUCCCUCCUCGAGCACAAACUUGUAAGGGCAGCGCAUCUUCCGCGCAUGCGCAACCUCCUCGGCUCCAAAUAAGAGUUAAAAGAGAAACGAGGAAUUCCGAAGGCUCCGGAAUGGCUGACACUCCACCCAGCGACGGCCCCUCGCAAGCUGCCGACUUUGACAUGAUGGGCGCUCUGGACUGGAAGGAUGGCAUCGCCACGUUGCCAGGAAGUGACAUCAGGUUCCGCAUGACAGAAUUUGGCACACUUGAGAUCGUGACGGACGCGGAAGUCAAAGGGCACCAGCAGCCGGCGCCUAAAAAGGACGCCUCGGACCCGGUGCCGUCUCACAGCCCCACCCCUCCGCCGGAGAGCCAAUCGCAGGCGAAAGCGGCACCCGAGCCGUCCGGCGAUAUUCAGCCGGCGUCGUCUCAGAGAAAAGGUCCAGUCGUCCUGUCUUUGGAGGAGACGCCCACUCUGGAAUGUCCCAAAGUGGAAGUCGGUCCAAGUGUGGAAGUUGGUCCAAACGGGGAGCUCGCUCAGUGCAGAACCUGCAGCGGUCCCGUUGCCCGGGACGCCCUCCUACAGGGGAAGUUCUGCAGCGCCAACUGUGCCCAGCCCACCAGCGGCAGAUCGUCUCCCGCGGAGGCCCGGGAGUGCCCCGCUCCCGAGGGCGAGUCCUUGGGCAAACGUGUGCGUAAAAAGAGGAAAAUCUAUAUGGAUUCUGCCGACGAGGAGGAAGACAACCAAGAGGAACCGGAAGAGAAAGCCAAAACCACCAAAGGCAGGAGAGGAUCCAAGAUGGCCAAACUGGCCUCGCUGAGUAAGAAGCGAGCGUGGAGCUGGCCGGCCUACCUGGAGGAGGAGCGAGCCGUCGCCGCCCCCGUCAAGCUCUUCAAAGAGCAUCAGUCGUUUCCUCAAAGCCGGAACAGCUUCAAGGUGGGGAUGAAGCUGGAGGGCCUGGACCCGUCCCACCCGUCGCUCUUUUGCGUGCUCACCGUGGCGGAGAUCCAAGGCUACCGAGUGAGGCUCCACUUCGACGGCUAUCCCGAGUGCUACGACUUCUGGGCCAACGCCGACUCGUGGGAUCUCAAACCGGCGGGCUGGUGCGAGAAGAACGGCCACAAAUUAUUGUUGCCCAAAGGUUGCAAGGACGGAGAGUUCAACUGGAGCACGUACGUGAAGAACUGCAGAGGCCAGCUGGCGCCCAAGCACCUCUUCAAGAGCCUCAACACCUCGGUGACGCCGUCCGGUUUUCGGGCGGGCAUGAAGCUGGAGGCGGUGGACCGGAAGAACCCGUCCCUGAUCUGCGUGGCCACCAUCGCGGCCGUGGUGGACAACCGACUCCUGGUUCACUUCGACAACUGGGACGACACGUACGACUACUGGUGCGACGCCAGCAGUCCGUACAUCCACCCGGUGGGCUACUGCGAAGACGCCGACCUGGCGCUGACCACCCCAGCUGGUAAGACACAGACCAAGACUCACGUGGAAUACAAGCAACCCAAAAGUUUCUCCUGGGAGAAAUACCUGGAGGAGACCAGCACGCAGGCCGCGCCCGCCCGGGCUUUCAAGCCGAGGCCCCCCCACGGCUUCCAGGUGGGGAUGAAGGUGGAAGCCGUGGACAAGAGGAACCCCGUCCUCAUCCGCGUGGCCACGGUGGCCGACACGGACGACCACCGGCUGAAGAUCCAUUUCGACGGCUGGAAUCCAGAAUACGACUUCUGGGUGGAGACCGACUGCCCCGACCUGCAUCCCGUGGGCUGGUGUCACAAGACCGGCCACUCUCUGCAGCACCCCAACGGUGUUAACGAUGCGAGCCCCCCAGGACAGGGAUGCCCCACCCCAGGAUGCAACGGGGUCGGUCACAUCAGAGGACCUCGCUACGGCACGCACUACACCCAGGUCAGCUGUCCUUACUCGGAGAUGAACCUGAACAAAGAGAGCCUGCUCCCAGACCGCCUGGGGGGGGAGCGACCCCUCACGCUGGGCGGGGCCCUCCCCCGCGGCCGACGCCCCGACUCCAACGCCGCCUCGCAGACGGCGCCGGACCGGCCCGAGGCGGCCGACGACUCCUGCGCCAGGAAACCGGCGGAGGCCGAGCUCUCGGGCCGCGGCGGCCAGCGGGAACCGCCGGGGGGGGCCGGCGAGCAGAACUCCAACGGGACCAGGCUCAAACGGUCUGCUCCCGCUUCCAAAUACCCGAAAGUGCACUGCGUCAAAGAAGAAGCGGCGGACGGGAAAGCCUCCCCGGACUCGCUCAGCCUGCAGCAAGCCCUCCACGAAUCGGUGUUCUCGCCCGGCGUCUCCGCCGCUCCCCCCCACCGGGUGGCGCUGUGCUGGGACAAGCACUGUCAGCUGCUGCCCGAAGUCCUGGGCCUGAGCGCCAAGAGGGUGGCGGGAUGGAGCACGGACGAGGUGGCCACUUUUGUCAAAGGCCUGCCGGGAUGCAAAGAACACGCGGCCACCUUUAAAACCGAGCAAAUCGACGGCGAGGCGUUCCUGCUGCUCACCCAAUCGGACAUCGUCAAGAUCCUGUCCAUCAAGCUCGGCCCCGCCCUCAAGAUCUACAACUCCAUCCUCAUGUUCAAAAGCGCCGACGAAGAAUAAGCCAAAGGGCGGCGACGGGAACUUCUUCUCGUCUUCUUUUCGCUUUACUGAUGCGUUCAUUCAAAAACUUUUCCUUCGUUUGUGGAUUUGUUGCCCCCGACCCAAAAAAAAAAACAACACCUCUCAAUAGAGCUCUCAAAGUCGCUUCAUCAAGGAUCUUUGUUGCUUUUUUUUUUUUUUUGAGAGCUGCAACCAGUAUUACUGAGGGGUGGGGCACUUACACCCCCCCCCCCCCCCCCAAAUGGGCCCACUUCACUUUUUAUGAUGAACUCACAGAGGCCCGGUUGACAUUUCUAAACUGAUCCAACAAGGGUUUAUGAUUUACUUUAUGUAUAUAUUGACCAUUAUUUGUCGGGAUCGCACGGCGGGUCGGACGAAAGCGGCCCGAGGUUUCUCCCGGCCCGGGUCGGACUCGGAAUUCGAGGAAAGGCCUCGUUUAUGGUUUUCGUUCAUUUGAUGGCACAUGAAUGUUAAAAAAAAAAAAAAAAAAAGGACAAAUUCUUUUGCCUUUGUAAAUAGGUUGUACCCAAAAAGUCGAGGAUUCAGUUCCGAUCGGCGAUGCAAAAAAAAAAAAAAAUUGCCACAAAGAUAUCAAAUGUCAUUUUGAGGCCACCAACGUUUUGGAACGUGUACAUCAGCUCCUGUUUAUACGCAAACGGCUUUUUAUUUAUGUAUUGUAAUUUAAAGGUUGCUGGUCUGCUGUCCAGGGGUGCGCCCGCGAGUGCGUCUGGCCAAUAAAUGAGAAUUCCAGACACUAGAUGACAUUUUCCCGCUCUCUUAAUCAUCUUUCAAACAAGUCAUUUGUUGAUUUAUGAGUCAGCCAUCUUUUUUUUCCAUGCUGCGUUAUGAAAUCCAUUAAUUGCGAGCACAUUUCGUUAAAACGUGAAAUUAUUUGAGGCGAAACACCAAAUAGAAUUUGGACUUUGCGUUUGGAAUCUCUUCUGUCGUGCCGCUUCCUUCCUUACUGAACGGCAUUUUGGGAUUUCUGACAUUAUUUCGAGGUUGAGGGGUUUUUUUUUUUUGGCCAUUAAUCUUAUUUGAACUCGCUACCAGUUUCAACAUUAAUUUGUAAUUAUUUUAAGGAAGUACAGGGAGGUCCUCGAUCUACGACGGAGAUCUGUUCCUACAGUAACGACUUUAAAGUCAAAAUUUACAUCAAAAUACUUUGGAUAAAAAAAAAAUUGAUUACAAAAUUAGAAAUAAGAUGUACUUAGAAAUUGCUGCUGAGGGGCGGAUUCCUCAAAGAACCUUGUUUUGUGAUUAUUAUUAUUGUGUAUGACAUGAGUGAAGCGACAUAGCUCAUUGGUUGGGGCGAUGGUUUAGUAAACCAGGGGUUGUGAGUUCAUAUCCCGCCGGGGCCUCCGCUACCUGAGAGAAGUCGCAUCAGGACGGGCAUCCGCUGGGAAAAACCUGACGGGACAAGCCGAAAGAAACGUACUUUUUUUUUUUUUUUUAAAUAUCCAACAGAGCAACGGAACCCUUCGUCAGAUGCGCUCACUUUAAUAAUUGUCACCACGGUCGAGCGACUGCAGCCUCGGCGGUGUUGUCGUCUCGCCUUUCUCCAAUCUUUUUAUGAUCUUGAGCUUCGUUUCCAUGGUAAUGGAUUUCCUUUAGCAUUUUUAGCAUUAGCAAUGUCAAAAAAAGAGGGCGAAAAACGCAAAAAUGCCCCCGCCGCACAAACACGGACAAGCAUUAGCCAGACGAAAUGUCGUCGUAGGUCGAGAUCGUCUUAACUGGAGGACUCCCUGUACAGUAUCCGCGA